GUGUUCUUGAUCUCUCUCUCUCUCUCCAUACAGAACUGCAUAUUGCUCAGAGGUUCUGAUGCAGUUGAAACGAGAAGCAUAAAACUUGUGAACAAAUCUCAUGGAUUUACGGAGGCUUUGCGCGGCUAUACUGUGUUUAAAUUCAAUCGUUGUAGUCUUUUUCAACCAUCCAGCUACCGUGACAGCUAGUGAUAUAGUCAACGACGACGAUUCCGCUCCGAAGAAGCCUGGUUGCGACAACGAUUUUGUACUGGUAAAAGUUCAAACUUGGGUUGAUGGCAGAGAGAAUGCCGAGUUUGUUGGCGUUGGUGCUAGAUUUGGCACUACUGUUGUAUCGAAAGAGAAAAAUGCAAUCCAAACUCGCCUUACUCUUUCAGACCCUCGGUAUUGUUGCAGUCCGCCAAAGAACAAGUUUAGUGGAGAUGUCGUCAUGGUGGACCGAGGUCAAUGCAAAUUCACAACCAAGGCAAAUGUUGCAGAAGCUGCUGGUGCUUCAGCAGUCCUCAUUGUAAAUAACCAAAAAGAACUUUACAAGAUGGUUUGUGAUCCAGACGAGACUGAACUGGACAUACACAUACCUACUAUCAUGCUCCCACAAGAAGCUGGUACAAGUUUGGAAAAAAUGUUCCUGAAUAGUUCAUUGGUGUCUGUGAAAUUGUACUCUCCACAGCGAUCAAUAGUUGACAUGGCAGAAGUAUUUCUGUGGCUGAUGGCGGUUGGUACUAUCUUGUGUGCCUCUUACUGGUCUGCAUGGAGUGCUAGAGAAGCAGCUAUAGAACAGGAUAAGUUACUAAAGGAUGCUUCGGAUGAAAUUCCAAAUUCCAAAGGCAUUGGUGGAAGCAGUGUGGUGGACAUCAGCACAACAUCAGCAGUCUUAUUUGUUGUCAUUGCAUCAUGCUUCUUGGUUAUACUUUACAAAUUGAUGUCAUUCUGGUUCUUUGAGCUUUUGGUGUUUCUUUUUUGCAUAGGUGGUGUAGAGGCCUUGCAAACUUGCAUAGUUGCUGUGCUGUCAAGGUGGUUCAAACGUACUGGAGAAUCAUUCGUUAAACUACCUUUCUUUGGAGCUGUCUCAUAUCUUACUUUGGCUGUUUCUCCAUGUUGCAUAGCUUUCGCUGUUGUUUGGGCAGUGUAUCGAAACAUGUCCUAUGCUUGGAUAGGUCAAGAUAUACUUGGAAUUGCACUGAUAAUUACUGUUCUGCAGAUUGUACGUGUGCCUAAUCUGAUGGUGGGUACUGUCCUCUUAAGUGGUGCCUUUUUGUACGACAUAUUUUGGGUGUUCGUUUCUACGAAGUUGUUCAAAGAAAGUGUAAUGAUUGUGGUAGCUCGUGGUGACAGAAGUGGAGAGGAUGGUAUUCCAUUGCUACUUAAGUUCCCUCGCAUGUUUGAUCCAUGGGGUGGUUAUAGCAUCAUAGGCUUUGGUGACAUCCUGUUACCUGGAUUGCUAAUUGCAUUUUCGCUUAGGUAUGAUUGGCUGGCAAAGAAGAAUAUUCGCACUGGAUACUUUAUAUGGGCUAUGUUUGCUUAUGGAUUUGGUCUUCUAAUUACUUACAUUGCACUAAAUUUGAUGGAUGGGCAUGGCCAACCGGCAUUGCUUUAUAUCGUCCCAUUAACACUUGGGACCUUUUUGACAUUAGGGAGGAAGAGAGGCGAUCUAACAAUUCUUUGGACGAGAGGAGAACCAGAAAGGGUCUGCCCACAUAUCCAAUUUGAACACGCUCAAGAUUCUAACCUCGAUAAAUGAGACAUUCCUCUUGUGAAUGUAAUGUGGUGGGAAUGUCACACGCCGUGGAUCAUCCUAUUCUGGCAACAGGUUAGCCUAUCAACGCUUGACUGAAAUAGGAAGCCAAUGUCAGAACGCUUAACGUGUUCUAAUUGAACCGGGAAUUAUACUAACAGUGUGCAUAUGACGGUGUAAAUUGCUGCCAUAUUUGGCUCCUCACAAAAUAGACUCUAUUUUCCUGUUGUUG